AUGGAAAAAGAUGUAAGUAAAACUGUCCAUCUUAAAUACCAGUGUGACAAUAGUGAGAGGAACAUAAACACCGGACAAAGAUACGAUCCAGGUUUAAUGACACAAACUGAAAAAAAAAAGCAUUGCAUAGUACCAGAAGCAAAGGCAGCAAGUGAAGUGCUUAGUACAUUACAGGAAGGGGAACUAUUACAUUUAAAGCCAACUGUUAGAAUACUUCACCAAAAUGUUCAAUACAUAAACAAUAAAACAGAGGAACUAGAGGUAAUAUUACAGGAGUAUAGGCCAAACAUUCUAGUAGUUACAGAACAUGGGCUAAAAGAAAAUCACAUAGGAAUGUACAACUUGAAGAAUUAUGUGAGAGUAGCCAGUUUUUCCAGAACUUCCUAUAAAGGUGGUGGGGUUGCCAUUUUUUCUAACUAUAAAUCAACUAAAGCCAUAAAUAUAACAAAAUAUGCUAUAGAAUUGAGCUUUGAAGCUACAGCACUGGAAACUAAAAUUGCUGGGAAUUUAUGUUGUGUAUUAGGUUUGUAUCGAUCACCAAAUGGUAUAAUCAAAACCUUCUUUGAACAGCUGGAAGAUAUAAUCCAACACCUCUCAAAAACAUAUGCUUAUUUGAUAAUUAUAGGAGAUCUGAACAUAGACACAAGUAAAAAUACAGACAAUACUAAGACCCUAUUGGACUUAUUGUGCAUAUACAACCUAAAAAUAAAAAUAGAUAAACCAACCAGAGUAACAAAGCAUAGUGAAAUUAUCAUUGAUCAUGUAAUAACAAAUAUUCCUACAUGCUAUUGUGACACACAGGUAAUAAACUCCACAUUAGCAGACCAUUUUGCAAUCAUGAUAGACAUAAAUAUAAAGACUAGUGAUUCAGUGCAGAAGAUAUGGGAGAUGAGAAGACAGAACUACCCACAUAACAUAAAUCUGCUAAACAAGAUGUUAGAGGCAGAAAACUGGGAAACAAUAUAUGCAGCUAAAGAUGCAAACACCAAAUGGAACCAGUUUUUUUCUUUAUUCAAUUAUUAUUAUGAUGUUACAUGUCCUGUUCGUAAAAGGCUUGUCAAACAGCAACAAAAAAAGAAAAGCUGGGUGACUGGAGAAGUAAUCCAUGCCAUAUAUAAUCUGAGAGUGUAUUAUGACCUAUCCAAACAAAAAAAUACUGAGGCCUACAACACACUGUACAAAAUAAAAAAGAAAGAGUACUGUAGUUUUAUCAGAAAAACUAAAGCAUCAUUCAUCAGGAUGUCUAUAGAUAAGGGAAAGAACCGCUCAAUAGGUUUAUGGUCGUUCAUUAAUGAAGAGAGAGGAAAAGUAACAAAUCGGACGGAGGACAUCUGCCCACUGACGAGUGGGAAAAGCAGCGCAAACCCACUAGAAGUAGCCAAUACUUUUAACAGAUAUUGUAUUACUGUAGCAGACGAAUUAAUAAGUCAAAAUAAAACAAAUGCAGUAAGUAAAUUGUUAAACCCCCCACAUACAAAUCAUACUAUGGUUUUCAUACCUACAACGGAUGCAGAAGUGUCAAACCUAAUAAAACAACUUAAAAUUAAACAUUCAUCUGGCUUGGAUGGUGUCACAUCACAUCUCGUAAAGGAAUGCAGAGAAUGUAUAUUAAAACCAUUGACACACAUGCUGAAUGCUGCGAUAGAAGAAGGUAUAUUUCCAGAUUCACUGAAAGUAAGUAAAGUGAAGCCAAUAUUUAAGAAAGGGAACAGGGAUGAAUUAGGAAAUUACAGGCCAAUAUCAUUGAUCUCAACAUUUACUAAAAUCUAUGAAAUGAUAAUAUAG